AUGACAUCUUUAGCUGGUUUCAUUUUUGUAUAUGUGUUCGGUGGUUUAACGUUCAUUCCGAUUACUAUUGCUAUAGUGUUCUAUCUGACUAGUUCACCCAAGAAAGAUGUCGAAAAUGAAGAAAACGAUAAGCUGGUCGUUGAUGUGGAUUCUAGUUUCAAAGCAGGUGAUUUGAAUGAAUUGAAAGGUGUUGCUACCAAGAAGCAGGGUUACCUUCAUAUUACGAGGCAGUUUUAUCCUCAUCAAACUGAUCUUGAUAACCAAACUGAGAAUACUGAUGACGCAGAGUCUAACACCACACCUCCGUCAGCAGAGCAGCAAAGAACUAGGGAUAAGUUGAAGAAGAAGGACAAAUUCUACGCUGUCUUGAAACAUGGCAAUUUGUUUCUUUAUAAAGAUUUCUCACCUGAGGCAGGACCGCAGCAAGUUAUUGUUUUAAGUGAUGCCUUUAUUUCAAUAUGGCCUCGAACCGUCUCUCCUCAAGACGAUACACCAAUUCCAGAUGGUUCUUUGUUUACCAAGAAAACAUGCAUCUCCAUUUGGAAGAAACAUACCGCAUAUAUGGAUCAGUCUAAUCGGCUUCAAUUUCGUAGAGGUGGUCCCUCAGAUCAAUUCUUCAUAUACUUGGAUUUAAACACAGAUAAAGAAGAUUGGUACUUCGCUUUGAUACAGGCUACAAAGAUGGAGAAAGGUCCAAGAAGUCCGGUAAACUCUUCUCACUUCGAAGUUGAGAAAGCUCUUUCUGCAGAAUAUGCUGCUCAAACUGCUCAUUUCAAGACUAAGGAUAUGCUUUAUUUGAUACAGACUUUGAACUCUACUGAAGGGCAGCAUUCUUCCCAGUGGUUCAAUGCACUCAUUGGGAGACUUUUCUUAUCAUUACAACAAACAGAAACGUUGUCUAAUGCAGUAAGAGAACGGAUCUAUAAGAAGUUGAAGAAAAUCAAUAAACCGGGAUUAUUGGAUGAUUUCAGUAUAGAGAAAGUUACCGUGGGGAAUAGUGCCCCAGUGAUAUCAAAUCCAAAACUUCUUGAUUUAACUCCAGAAGGACAAACAAGGGUUUCCUUUGAUUUUUUGUACACCGGACAUUUGCAUUUGAUUAUAGCUACUAAGAUGAAUAUCAACCUUGGUUCAAGGUUCAAAAAGCGAGAAAUGGAUAUAAAGCUUUCCAUUACCGUUAAAAAAGUGGAGGGUCCAAUAGUAAUUCUCAUCAAGCCACCUCCAACAAACAGGCUUUGGUAUGCGUUCCAAACUGAACCAUUAUUGGACAUCGAUGUCGAACCGGUGGUUAGUACUAGGCAGUUGUCUAACAACAUGGUAACUAAUAUGAUUAAAUCCAAAUUCAAAGAAGCAAUUAAAGAAUCAAUUGUGUUACCUUACAUGGAUGAUAUGGUAUUUUACAAAACGCCAUCUGAAUUGUACAGAGGAGGUAUCUGGGAAUCAACGAAACAAAAAAAGGAUACAAGUUAUACCGAAGACUUUGAAUAUAUCAAAAGUGAGCGACAAUUUAACACAGGGUCUUCUGUUCGCGAGAACAAUGACAUAUCGAACACCAACUUAGCCGAACGGCAGUCGACUAACUCUGCUGUUGACUCACCAACCGUCGAAGAAAGUGAAAGCACCAUUAACGAAUCGUACAACACAGAUCAGCCACAAACGUCUACGGAUAGUACUCGAUCAUUCCUGAAAAAUAAAAGUAACGAUGAUUCAAAUGUAUCUAUAAGAUCUAGGUCUUCAGUUGAUUCAACAAACUCAAACGCAACCAAAAGGUACUUGCAAACAGGUAUGAAAAAGAUCGGAAGAUGGUAUAAAGAGCAAGUAGUCACUGUGAAAGAAUCGUUGAAUAGUGACGAAGAACUUCAUCAUCCAGAUGAACCAGAGGGUACAGAAGACCAAGUUGGGGUCAUUAGUACUAAAGUAGCCGAAAAAUCUGAAUUACUAGAGAACGAAGCUUCAAUUCCUGAUGCUGCAUCUUCUUUGAAAGUAGAGACAUCUUUUAAAACAACUGAAAAGCCAACAACUCCAGAAAUGAUAACCAAUAGAAGAGUUCCUAGAAGCAAAAAUUCAUCCAUUGAUAAUUCAAAACAAGAGACUUCACAUCACACUUCAGAGUCUCAUCGUGCCGAGAUGUUUGUUAACAGAACAAGAGCCAGGUCAACAUCUGGGUCUUACUCCCCGACAUCUCCAGAUGUUUAUAGGAGACAUGAGAUGAGCUACUCAUUUACAAAUAAUGAAAACCUGAAUCCGCAUUCCAUCACAUCUUCAGAUAUUCUCGAGGAAGCAGAGAACAUGAUCCCGGAAAUCAACGCACAGGUUCGGAAAAAACGCCCUCCUCCUCCAUUGCCUCCACGCUAG